AUGUCGAGCUUCUUUGCAAAUAAGUGUGUUUGUCAGUGUAGUCCUUCUUCCCAAAUAAGUGUGUGUCCGUGUAGUGCUUCUUCCCAAAUAGGUGUGUGUCAGUGUAGUGCUUCUUCCCAAAUAGGUGUGUGUCUGUGUAGUGCUUCUUCCCAAAUAGGUGUAUGUCAGUGUAGUGCUUCUUCCCAAAUAGGUGUGUGUCAGUGUAGUGCUUCUUCCCAAAUAGGUGUGUGUCUGUGUAGUGCUUCUUCCGAAAUAGGUGUGUGCCUGUUUAGUGCUUCUUCCCAAAUAGGUGUGUGUCAGUGUAGUGCUUCUUCCCAAAUAGGUGUGUGUCUGUGUAGUGCUUCUUCCCAAAUAAGUGUGUGUCUGUGUAGUGCUUCUUCCCAAAUAUGUGUGUGUCAGUAUAGUGCUUCUUCCCAAAUAGGUGUUUGUCAGUGUAGUCCUUCUUCCCAAAUAAGUGUGUGUCCGUGUAGUGCUUCUUCCCAAAUAGGUGUGUGUCAGUGUAGUGCUUCUUCCCAAAUAGGUGUGUGUCUGUGUAGUGCUUCUUCCCAAAUAGGUGUGUGUCUGUGUAGUGCUUCUUCCCAAAUAGGUGUGUGUCUGUGUCGUGCUUCUUCCCAAAUAGGUGUGUGUCAGUGUAGUACUUCUUCCCAAAUAAGUGUGUGUCAUUGUAGUGCUUCUUCCCAAAUAAGUGUGUGUAAGUGUCGAGCUUCUUCCCAAAUAAGUGUGUGUCUGUGUAGUGCUUCUUCCCAAAUAGGUGUGUGUCUGUGUAGUGCUUAUUCCCAAAUAGGUGUGUGUCAGUGUAGUGCUUCUUCCCAAAUAAGUGUGUGUCAGUGUAGUGCUUCUUCCCAAAUAGGUGUGUGUCAGUAUAGUGCUUCUUCCCAAAUAGGUGUGUGUCUGUGUAGUGCUUAUUCCCAAAUAGGUGUGUGUCAGUGUAGUGCUUCUUAACAAAUAGGUGUGUGUCUGUGUAGUGCUUCUUCCCAAAUAGGUGUGUGUCUGUGUAGUGCUUCUUCCCAAAUAGGUGUGUGUCUGUGUAGUG